AAUUUUGUGUACCGCAAUAAACUUUAUCGAUUCUCUUAUUAAAUUUAAUAUUUGUACCGCACAGGUUGUUGAAAAUAUUUUCGUAAAUGCAUUUUCGUAUUUGUAUUGUUUGGUGUAAAAUGUAAACGGAAUAAAACUGUGUGACGAAUGACGGUUACAACUGAAACGUCUAAGGCCGCGACAAUAACAUGAACUAUAACAUAUUAUUUAUCGCAUGUAGUGUUAUUUAUGCGAAUUGUGAUGAAGUGCCAAAUAACCUGCCAACAAAAUAUUUUGACGGAAUACAGUGGAGAAGUAUGAAGCCUCAACAGAACGUUAGAAUAAAUGAUCCAAAGAAAACGCCGCAAAACUGGCAGGAAAUAUUGAGAGAAUCUUCGGAAGAAAUAAAAACUACGAAAGAUGAUGACCAAGUUCCUGAGGCAUUUGCAGGAUUUCUGUUUGAAGAUGACGGAAAAAGUAAGACUAAUAUUGAAGACUUACUGAAUAUACUCACAGAUGGUGUUGAAAUAGAUACCAGAUCAGAUAUAAGUGAAGAACUUUCGGAAACUGAAGAAAAAUUCGCACUUGAUAAUACAGAUUCCAAUUCAAAAGAAUCUGUAAAAGUCGUAAAUAUAAGUAACGCUAUUGAAUAUGCUUUUAUGAAACCAUACCUAGACAUCAUGAAAUUAGAACAUGUUCAAAGAAUGGGUGACACAUCCAAAGCAGAUGAUUCUAGAGAUGAAUAUAAAACUUUUUUGAACAAUAGAUUAAGUGCAUACAUUCCAACAAUGAGGACAAAACAUUUAGAAAAGGAGGAUCAUACUGAGAGAAUGAGUAAAAACUUGUAUGUUGAUGAUGAAUUUCUUGAAGAUCCAGAUAUAAAAUCCUUUUUGGAUGUAUUCAAAGCAAAGUAUGAUAAAAGAGGUCAUUUGGUAAAUAAAACCACGCUGUCGGAUAUAGCUGAAGUAGAAGCUGUGAUAGCUAAAUACAAUCGAAAUUCACAAAAAACAAUAGAUCAGCCGAAUUUGCGAAAAUAUGAUAUAAGAACAUAUUUGAAUGCAGUCAAAUCUAUAUACGGUGAGAAAAAUGAAGACAAGUUAAAGGACGUAUCUUUGAACUUACCAAAAAAUACAACUAAUCAUACAGACCAUGAAAUAUUCAGAGAUGACUCAAUUAAUAGGGAUAUUUCACAACUCGUUGAUUUAAAGCCAAUCGUUGAGGCAUAUGCUGCUAAAUACAUAAACAGUUCAAAAGAUAUUUCAAAAUACAAACUCCUGCUAGAUUAUUUCAACAUAACCAAAGGCUCUGAGAUACAAACUAACAAUUCACAAGAUACAUAUAAAAUAAACGGGGAUUUAUCAGAUAGAGAUAUAAGCUUAGAUUUGGAUCCAUUAUUUAGUAAAGAUGAUAAUAAAGAUUCUAAUCGCUCCGGUCAAAUGAAAACACAUGAAAAGAGUUGUCAAGAAGCUAGUGAAGUUAUAGACAAGCCACUAAGAAGUGAUAAAGAGUCACCAAUAAGCAAUUUUAUAUUUGCGCUCGACGACAAAGCACAAAAUGCAAAAAAAGAUUGAAAAUAAAAUCUCUUUAGAUGGUAAAAGCCUGAGCCCGUUUGUCAAUCUAAAGAAUGGUUAAAUAUUAAUUACAAGAACGUAAAUGUUGCUUCACUAGUGUGAUGCGCAUAAGUGAUGUGCAUUUUGUGAGUUAAUGUCGAAAAACUUUUAAAAUCGCAAGCCACAUGCAUGUUGCAAUUUUUUUACAUUUUAUGCUAUUUUAUUUCUUAGAAUAAA